AGGACGUCAUGGAGGAGAAUUGUGGGAUAUUGGCCUCUCUUGAUUCUGAUGAAUCGGAAAUUGAGAACAAAGGUGACCAAGAUAAAAUCCCCAGAGUGGAGAAGCCACGUAAAAAUUUAGAGUGUGGAGAAAGCUGCAGUCAGAGCUCCCAUUCCACUUCCCAUCAACAAAAUCUCAUUGGAAAGAAACCAUAUCAGUGUGGGGAAUGUGGAAAGAGCUUCAGUAAGAAGGGCAGUCUUACUUCCCAUCAAAGAAUUCAUACAGGGGAGAAACCCUAUCAGUGUGUGGAAUGUGGAAAGAGCUUCAGGAGGAAGGACAUUCUCACAUUUCAUCAAAGAAUUCAUACAGGUGAGAAACCCUAUCAGUGUGUAGAAUGUGGAAAGAGCUUCAGUCAAAGCUUCAGUCUCACUUCCCAUAAGCGAAUUCAUACAGGGGAGAAACCCUAUCAGUGUGUAGAAUGUGGAAAGAGCUUCAGUCACAGCUUCAGUCUCACUUCCCAUAAGCGAAUUCAUACAGGGGAGAAACCCUAUCAGUGUGUAGAAUGUGGAAAGAGCUUCAGUCACAGCUCCAGUCUCACUUCCCAUAAGCGAAAUCAUACAGGGGAAAAACCCUAUCAGUGUAUAGAAUGUGGAAAGAGCUUCAGGAAGAGCGGUGAUCUCACUUGCCAUCAAAGAAUUCAUACAGGGGAGAAACCCUAUCAGUGUAUGGAAUGUGGAAAAAGCUUCAGUCAGAGCUCCCAUCUCAUUUGCCAUCAAAUAAUUCAUACAGGGGAGAAACGCUAUCAGUGCUUUGAAUGGGGAAAGAGCUUCAGUCACAGCCACAGUCUCACUUCCCAUCACACAGUUCAUACAGGGGAGAAACCCUAUGAAUGUGUGGAAUGUGGAAAGAGCUUCAGGAAGAGCUCCCAUCUCACUUCCCAUCAAAUAAUUCAUACAGGGGAGAAACGCUAUCAGUGCAUGGAAUGUGGAAAGAGCUUUAGUCACAGCCAGAGUCUCACUUCCCAUCACACAGUUCAUACAGGGGAGAAACCCUAUGAAUGUGUGGAAUGUGGAAAGAGCUUCAGGAAGAGCUCCAAUCUCACUUCCCAUCAAAGAGUUCAUACAGGGGAGAAACCCUAUCAGUGUGUGGAAUGUGGAAAGAGCUUCAGGAAGAAGGACCAACUCACUUGCCAUCAAAGAAUUUAUACAGGGGAGAAACCCUAUCAGUGUGUGGAAUGUGGAAAAAGCUUCAGUCACAGCUCCAGUCUCACUUCCCAUAAGCGAAUUCAUACAGGGGAGAAACCCUAUCAGUGUGUAGAAUGUGGAAAAAGCUUCAAUCACAGCCAUAGUCUCACUUCCCAUCAAAGAGUUCAUACAGGGGAGAAACCUUAUCACUGUCGCAUGGAAUGUGGAAAGACCUUCAGCCAGAGCUCCUCUCUCACUUCCCAUCAAAGAAUUCACACAGGGGAGAAACUCUAUCAGUGUGUGGAAUGUGGAAAGAGCUUCAGUUGGAUCUCCCAUCUCACUUCCCAUCAAAGAAUUCAUACAGGGGAAAAACCCUAUCAGUGUGUGGAAUGUGGAAAGAGCUUCAUUCAAAGCUCCUCUCUCACUUCACAUAAAAGAAUUCAUACAGGGGAGAAACCCUAUCAGUGUGUCGAAUGUGGAAAGAGCUUCAGGAAGAGCUCCGAUCUCACUUCACAUCGAAGAAUUCAUACAGGGGAGAAACCCUAUCCGUGUGUGGAAUGCGGAAAGAGCUUCAGAAUGAGCCACGAUCUCACUUCCCAUAAGAGAAAUCAUACAGGGGAGAAACCCUAUCAGUGUGUGGAAUGCGGAAAGGGCUUCAGUCAGAUCUCCGGUCUCACUUACCAUCAAAGAAUUCAUACAGGGGAGAAACCCUAUCUGUGUGUGGAAUGCGGAAAGAGCUUCCGUCAGAUCACCAAUCUCACUUACCAUCAAAGAAUUCAUACAGGGGAGAAACCUUAUCUGUGUGUCGAAUGUGGAAAGAGCUUCCCUGAAAGCUCCUCUCUCACUUCCCAUCAAAGAAUUCAUACAGGGGAGAAACCCUAUCAGUGUGAGGAAUGCGGAAAGAGCUUCACUCAGAGCUUCUAUCUCACUAAGCAUCAGAGAAUUCAUACAGGCGAGAAACCCCAUCAGUGUGUGGAAUGUGGAAAGAGCUUCACUCAGAGCUCCUAUCUCACUAAGCAUCAGAGAAUUCAUACAGGGGAGAAACCCUAUCAGUGUGUGGAAUGUGGAACGAGCUUCACUCAGAACUCCAAACUCACUUCCCAUCAAAGAAUUCAUACAGGGGAGAAACCAUAUCAGUGUGUGGAAUGUGGAAAGAGCUUCAGUCACAGCCACAAUCUCACUUCACAUCAAAGAAUUCAUACAGGGGAGAAACCAUAUCAGUGUGUGGAAUGUGGAAAAAGCUUCAGUCAGAGGGCCAAUCUUACUUCCCAUCAAAGAAUUCAUACAGGGGAGAAACCAUAUCAGUGCGUGGAAUGUGGAAAGAACUUCAGGAAGAGUUCCAAUCUCACUAAGCAUCAGAGAAUUCAUACAGGGGAGAAACCCUAUCAGUGUGUCAAAUGUGGAAAGAGCUUCACUGAAAGCUCCUCUCUCACUUCCCAUCAAAGAAUUCAUACAGGGGAGAAACCCUAUAAGUGUGUGGAAUGUGGAAAGAGCUUUAGUCACAACCACAGCCUCACUUUCCAUCAAACAAUUCAUACAGGGGAGAAACCCUAUCAGUGUGUGGAAUGUGGAAGGAGAUUCAGGAAGAGCUCCUCUCUUACUUCCCAUCAAAGAAUUCAUACAGGGGAGAAACCCUAUAAGUGUGUGGAAUGUGGGAAGAGCUUCACUCACAGCCACAGUCUCACUUUCCAUCAAACAAUUCAUACAGGGGAGAAACCCUAUCAGUGCGUGGAAUGUGGAAAGAACUUCAGGAAGAGCUCCUCCCUUACUUCCCAUCAAAGAAUUCAUACAGGGGAGAAACCCUAUCAGUGCAUGGAAUGUGGAAAGAGCUUCAGAAAUAGCUCCUCUCUCACUUCCCAUCAAAGAAUUCAUACAGGGGAGAAACCCUAUCAGUGUGUGGAAUGUGGAAAGAGCUUCACAUGUAGCUCCUCUCUCACUUCCCAUCACAGAAUUCAUACAGGGGAGAAACCCUAUCAGUGCGUGGAAUGUGGAAAGAGCUUCAGUCAGAGGGCCAAUCUUACUUCCCAUCAAAGAAUCCAUACAAUGGAGAAGCCACGUAAAAAUUUAGAGUGUGGAGAAAGCUGCAGUCAGAGCUCCCAUUCCACUUCCCAUCAACAAAAUCUCAUCGGAAAGAAACCAUAUCAGUGUGUGGAAUGUGGAAAGAGCUUCAGGAGGAAGGACAUUCUCACAUUUCAUCAAAGAAUUCAUACAGGGGAGAAACCCUAUCAGUGUGUAGAAUGUGGAAAGAGCUUCAGUCACAGCUUCAGUCUCACUUCCCAUAAGCGAAUUCAUACAGGGGAGAAACCCUAUCAGUGUGUGGAAUGUGGAAAGAGCUUCAGUCACAGCUUCAGUCUCACUUCCCAUAAGCGAAUUCAUACAGGGGAGAAACCCUAUCAGUGUGUGGAAUGUGGAAAGAGCUUCAGGAAGAGCUGCGAUCUCACUUGCCAUCAAAGAAUUCAUACAGGGGAGAAGCCCUAUCAGUGCAUGGAAUGUGGAAAGAGCUUUAGUCACAGCCAGAGUCUCACUUUCCAUCACAGAGUUCAUACAGGGGAGAAACCCUAUGAAUGUGUGGAAUGUGGAAAGAGCUUCAGGAAGAGCUCCCAUCUCACUUGCCAUCAAAGAAUUCAUACAGGGAAGAAACCCUAUCAGUGUGUGGAAUGUGGAAAGAGCUUCAGGAAGAGCUCCUAUCUCACUUCCCAUCAAAGAGUUCAUACAGGGGGGAAACCCUAUCAGUGUGUGGAAUGUGGAAAGAGCUUCAGGAAGAAGGACCAACUCACUUGCCAUCAAAGAAUUCAUACAGGGGAGAAACCCUAUCAGUGUGUGGAAUGUGGAAAGAGCUUCAGGAAGAAGGACCAACUCACUUGCCAUCAAAGAAUUCAUACAGGGGAGAAACCCUAUCAGUGUCUGGAAUGUGGAAAGAGCUUCAGUCAGAGCUCCCAUCUCAUUUGCCAUCAAAUAAUACAUACAGGGGAGACGCUAUGUGUAGAAAGUGGAAAGAGCUUCAGUCAAAGCUCGAAACUCACUUCCCAUAAAAGAAUCCAUACAAAGGACAUGCCACGUAAAAAUUUGGAGUGUGGAGAAAGAUGUAGUCAGAGCUCCCAUUCCACUUCCCAUCAACAAACUCUCAUUGGAAAGAAACUCUAUCAGUGCAUGGAAUGUGGAAAAAGCUUCAGUCACAACUCCAAACUCACUACCCAUCGAAGAAUUCAUACAGGGGAGAAACCCUAUCAGUGUGUGGAGUGUGGAAAGAGCUUCAGUCAGAAUUCGCAUCUCACUUCCCAUCAAAGAAUUCAUACAGGGGAGAAACCCUAUCAGUGUGUGGAAUGUGGAAAGAGCUUCAGAAUCAGCCACGAUCUCACUUCCCAUAAGAGAAUUCAUACAGAAGAGAAUCCCUAUCAGUGCGUAGUAUGUGGAAAGAGCUUGAAGAAUAACUCCAAUCUCACUUCCCAUCAGAGAAUUCAUACAGGGGAGAAACCCUAUCAGUGUGUAGAAUGUGGAAAGAGCUUCAGUCAAAACUCCGAUCUCACUUCCCAUAAGCGAAUUCAUACAGGGGAGAAACCCUAUCAGUGUGUGGAAUGUGGAAAGAGCUUCAGUCAGAGCACCCAUCUCACUUCCCAUCAAAGAAUUCAUACAGGGGAGAAACCCUAUCAGUGUGUGGAAUGUGGAAAGAGCUUCACUGAUAGCUCCGAUCUAACUUCCCAUAAGCGAAUUCAUACAGGGGAGAAACCCUAUCAGUGUGUGAAAUGUGGAAAGAGCUUCAGGAAGAGCUCCUCCCUCACUUCCCAUCAAAGAAUUCAUACAGGAGCGAAACCCUAUCAGUGUGUGGAAUGUGCAAAGUGCUUCAGUCACAGCCACAGUCUCACUUCACAUCAAAGAAUUCAUACAGGGGAUAAACCAUAUCAGUGUGUGGAAUGUGGAAAGAGCUUCAGUCACAGUCAGAAUCUCACUUCACAUCAAAGAAUUCAUACAGGGGAGAAACCCUAUCAGUGUGAGGAAUGUGGAAAGAGCUUCAGUCAGAGCUCCGAUCUCACUUCCCAUAAGCGAAUUCAUACAGGGGAGAAACCCUAUCAGUGUGUGGAAUGUGGAAAGAGCUUCAGUCGCAACCACAGUCUCACUUCCCAUCAAAGAAUUCAUACAGGGGAGAAACCCUAUCAGUGUGAGGAAUGUGGAAAGAGCUUCACUCAUAGCUCCUCUCUCACUUCCCAUCAAAGAAUUCAUACAGGGGAGAAACCCUAUCAGUGUGUGGAAUGUGGAAAGAGCUUCAGGAAGAGUUCCGAUCUCACUUCCCAUCAAAGAAUUCAUACAGGGGCGAAACCCUAUCAGUGUGUGGAAUGUCGAAAGAGCUUCAGUAACAGCCACAGUCUCACUUCACAUCAAAGAAUUCAUACAGGGGAGAAACCAUAUCAGUGUGUGGAAUGUGGAAAGAGCUUCACUGUAAGCUCCUCUCUCACUUCCCAUCAAAGAAUUCAUACAGGGGAGAAACCCUAUCAGUGUGUGGAAUGUGGAAAGAGGUUCAAUCACACCCGUGAUCUCACUUACCAUCAAAGAAUUCAUACAGGGGAGAAACCCUAUCAGUGUGUGGAAUGUGGAAAGAGCUUCAAUCACACCCGUGAUCUCACUUCCCAUCAAAGAAUUCAUACAGGGGAGAAACCCUAUCAGUGUGUGGAAUGUGGAAAGAGCUUCAAUCACACCCGUGAUCUCACUUCCCAUCAAAGAAUUCAUACAGGGGAGAAACCCUAUCAGUGUGUGGAAUGUGGAAAGAGCUUCACCAAUAGCUCCUCUCUCACUUCCCAUCAAAAAAUUCAUACCGGGGAGAAACCCUAUCAGUGUGUGGAAUGUGGAAGGAGCUUCAGUCAGAGCUCCCAUCUCACUUCCCAUCAAAAAAUUCAUACAGGGGAGAAACCCUAUCAGUGUUUAGAAUGUGGAAAGAGCUUCAGGAAGAGCUGCGAUCUCGCUUGCCAUCAAAGAAUUCAUACAGGGGAGAAACCCUAUCAGUGUGUGGAAUGUGGAAAGAGCUUCAUGAAGAGCUCCCAUCUCACUUCUCAUCAAAGAAUUCAUACAGGUGAGAAACCUUAUCAGUGUCUAGAAUGUGGAAAGAGCUUCAGUCAGAGCUCCGAUCUCACUUCCCAUAAGCGAAUUCAUACAGGGGAGAAACCCUAUCAGUGUGUGGAAUGUGGAAAGAGCUUCAGGAAGAACUCCCAUCUCACUUCCCAUGAAAGAAUUCAUACAGGGGAGAAACCCUAUCAGUGUGUGGAAUGUGGAAAGAGCUUCAGGAAGAAGUACAUUCUAACUUCUCAUCAAAGAAUUCAUACAGGGGAGAAACCCUUUCAGUGCAUGGAAUGUGGAAAGAGGUUUAGUCACAGCCAUAGUCUCAUUUCCCAUCACAUAAUUCAUACAGGGGAGAAACCCUUUCAGUGCAUGGAAUGUGGAAAGAGGUUUAGUCACAGCCAUAGUCUCAUUUCCCAUCACAUAAUUCAUACAGGGGAGAAACCCUUUCAGUGCAUGGAAUGUGGAAAGAGCUUCACUCAUAGCUCCUCCCUCACUUCCCAUCAAAGAAUUCAUACAGGGGAGAAACCCUAUCAGUGUGUGGAAUGUGGAAAGAGCUUCACGAAGAGCUCCAGUCUCACUUCCCAUCAAAGAAUUCAUACAAAGAAACUCUAUCAGUGCAUGGAAUGUGGAAAAAGCUUCAGUCAGAGCUCCGAUCUCACUAAGCAUCAGAGAAUUCAUACAGGAGAGAAACCCUAUCAGUGUGUGGAAUGUGGAAAGAGUUUCAGUCACAGCUCCAAUCUCACUUCCCAUAAAAGAAUUCAUACAGGGGAAAAACCCUAUCUGUGUGUGGAAUGUGGAAAGAGCUUCAGUCAGAACUCCCAUCUCACUUCCCAUCAAAGAAUUCAUACAGGGGAGAAACCCUAUCAGUGUGUGGAAUGUGGAAAGAGCUUCACUGAUAGCACCUCUCUCACUUAUCAUCAAAGAAUUCAUACAGGGGAGAAACCCUAUCAGUGUGUGGAAUGUGGAAAGAGCUUCAUUCAGAGCUCCUCUCUCACUUCCCACCACAGAAUUCAUACAGGGGAAAAACCCUAUCAGUGUGUCGAAUGUGGAAAGAGCUUCAGGAAGAGCUCUGAUCUCACUUCACAUCGAAGAAUUCAUACAGGGGAGAAACCCUAUCAGUGUGUGGAAUGUGGAAAGCGCUUCCGUCACAGCCACAGUCUCACUUCCCAUCAAAUAAUUCAUACAGGGGAGAAACCCUAUCCGUGUGUGGAAUGCGGAAAGAGCUUCAGUCACAGCCACAGUCUCACUUCCCAUCAAAGAAUUCAUACAGGGGAGAAACCCUAUCAGUGUGUGGAAUGUGGAACAAGCUUCAGUCAGAUCUCCAAUCUCACUUACCAUCGAAGAAUUCAUACAGGGGAGAAACCCUAUCAGUGUGUGGAAUGUGGAAAGAGCUUCCCUGAAAGAUCCUCUCUCACUUCCCAUCAAAUAAUUCAUACAGGGGAGAAACCCUAUCAGUGUGUGGAAUGCGGAAAGAGCUUCAGUCACAGCCACAGGCUCACUUCCCAUCAAAGAAUUCAUACAGGUGAGAAACCCUAUCAGUGUGUGGAAUGUGGAAAGAGCUUCACUCAGAGCUCCAAUCUCACUAAGCAUCAGAGAAUUCAUACAGGUGAGAAACCCUAUCAGUGUGUGGAAUGUGGAACGAGCUUCACUCAGAACUCCAAACUCACUUCCCAUCAAAGAAUUCAUACAGGGGAGAAACCAUAUCAGUGUGUGGAAUGUGGAAAGAGCUUCAGUCACAGCCACAAUCUCACUUCACAUCAAAGAAUUCAUACAGGGGAGAAACCAUAUCAGUGUGUGGAAUGUGGAAAAAGCUUCAGUCAGAGGGCCAAUCUUACUUCCCAUCAAAGAAUCCAUACAAAGGAGAAGCCACGUAAAAAUUUGGAGUGUGGAGAAAGCUGCAGUCAGAGCUCCCAUUCCACUUCCCAUCAACAAAAUCUCAUUGGAAAGAAACUCUAUCAGUGCAUGGAAUGUGGAAAGAGCUUCAGUCAGAGCUCCCAUCUCACUUCCCAUCGAAGAAUUCAUACAGGGGAGAAACCCUAUCAGUGUGUGGAAUGUGGAAAGAGCUUCAGGACGAAGGACAUUCUAACGUCUCAUCUAAGAAUUCAUACAGGGGAGAAACCCUAUCAGUGUGUGGAAUGUGGAAAGACCUUCAGUCAGAGCUCCUCUCUCAUCACCCAUCAAAGAAUUCAUACAGGGGAGAAACCCUAUCAGUGUGUGGAAUGUGGAAAGACCUUCAGUCAGAGCUCCUCUCUCAUCACCCAUCGAAGAAUUCAUACAGGGGAGAAACCCUAUCAGUGUGUGGCAUGCGGAAAGAGCUUCAGGGGGUGCUCCGAAUUCACUUUACAUCAAAGAAUUCAUACAGGGGAGAAACCCUAUCAGUGUGUGGAAUGUGGAAAGAGCUUCACAGGUAGUUCCUCUCUCACUUCCCAUCAAAGAAUUCAUACAGGGGAGAAACCCUAUAAGUGCGUGGAAUGUGGAAAGAGCUUCAGUCAGAACUCCCAUCUCACUUCCCAUCAAAGAAUUCAUACAGGGGAGAAACCCUAUCAGUGUGUGGAAUGUGGAAAGAGCUUCACUGAUAGCACCUCUCUCACUUAUCAUCAAAGAAUUCAUACAGGGGAGAAACCCUAUCAGUGUGUGGAAUGUGGAAAGAGCUUCACUGAUAGCACCUCUCUCACUUAUCAUCAAAGAAUUCAUACAGGGGAGAAACCAUAUCAGUGCGUGGAAUGUGGAAAGAACUUCAGGAAGAGUUCCAAUCUCACUAAGCAUCAGAGAAUUCAUACAGGGGAGAAACCCUAUCAGUGUGUCAAAUGUGGAAAGAGCUUCACUGAAAGCUCCUCUCUCACUUCCCAUCAAAGAAUUCAUACAGGGGAGAAACCCUAUAAGUGUGUGGAAUGUGGAAAGAGCUUUAGUCACAACCACAGCCUCACUUUCCAUCAAACAAUUCAUACAGGGGAGAAACCCUAUCAGUGUGUGGAAUGUGGAAGGAGAUUCAGUCAGAGCUCCUCUACUUCCCAUCAAAUUCAUACAGGGGAGAAACCCUAUAAGUGUGUGGAAUGUGGGAAGAGCUUCACUCACAGCCACAGUCUCACUUUCCAUCAAACAAUUCAUACAGGGGAGAAACCCUAUCAGUGCGUGGAAUGUGGAAAAAACUUCAGGAAGAGCUCCUCCCUUACUUCCCAUCAAAGAAUUCAUACAGGGGAGAAACCCUAUCAGUGCAUGGAAUGUGGAAAGAGCUUCAGAAAUAGCUCCUCUCUCACUUCCCAUCAAAGAAUUCAUACAGGGGAGAAACCCUAUCAGUGUGUGGAAUGUGGAAAGAGCUUCACAUGUAGCUCCUCUCUCACUUCCCAUCACAGAAUUCAUACAGGGGAGAAACCCUAUCAGUGCGUGGAAUGUGGAAAGAGCUUCAGUCAGAGGGCCAAUCUUACUUCCCAUCAAAGAAUCCAUACAAUGAAACCCUAUCAGUGUGUAGAAUGUGGAAAGAGCUUCAGUCACAGCUUCAGUCUCACUUCCCAUAAGCGAAUUCAUACAGGGGAGAAACCCUAUCAGUGUGUGGAAUGUGGAAAGAGCUUCAGUCACAGCUUCAGUCUCACUUCCCAUAAGCGAAUUCAUACAGGGGAGAAACCCUAUCAGUGUGUGGAAUGUGGAAAGAGCUUCAGGAAGAGCUGCGAUCUCACUUGCCAUCAAAGAAUUCAUACAGGGGAGAAGCCCUAUCAGUGCAUGGAAUGUGGAAAGAGCUUUAGUCACAGCCAGAGUCUCACUUUCCAUCACAGAGUUCAUACAGGGGAGAAACCCUAUGAAUGUGUGGAAUGUGGAAAGAGCUUCAGGAAGAGCUCCCAUCUCACUUGCCAUCAAAGAAUUCAUACAGGGAAGAAACCCUAUCAGUGUGUGGAAUGUGGAAAGAGCUUCAGGAAGAGCUCCUAUCUCACUUCCCAUCAAAGAGUUCAUACAGGGGGGAAACCCUAUCAGUGUGUGGAAUGUGGAAAGAGCUUCAGGAAGAAGGACCAACUCACUUGCCAUCAAAGAAUUCAUACAGGGGAGAAACCCUAUCAGUGUGUGGAAUGUGGAAAGAGCUUCAGGAAGAAGGACCAACUCACUUGCCAUCAAAGAAUUCAUACAGGGGAGAAACCCUAUCAGUGUCUGGAAUGUGGAAAGAGCUUCAAAUGGAGCUCCUCUCUCACUUCCCAUCAAAGAAUUCAUACAGGAGAGAAACCCUAUAAGUGUGUGGAAUGUGGAAAGAGCUUCAGAAAGAGCUCCGAUCUCAUUUCUCAUCAAAGAAUUCAUAUAGGGGAGAAACCCUAUCAGUGUGUGGAAUGUGGAAAGAGCUUCACUGAUAGCUCCACUCUCACUAACCAUCAAAGAAUUCAUACAGGGGAGAAACCCUAUCAGUGUGUGGAAUGUGGAAAGCGCUUCAGUCGGAGCUCCAAUCUCACUUCCCAUCAAAGAAUUCAUACAGGGGAGAAACCCUAUCAGUGUGUGGAAUGUGGAAAGAGCUUCACUCAUAGCUCCCAUCUCACUUCCCACCAAAGAAUUCAUACAGGGGAGAAACCCUAUCCGUGCGUAGAAUGUGGAAAGAGCUUCAGUCAGAGCUCCUCUCUCACUUCUCAUCAAAGAAUUCAUAAAGGAGAGAAACCCUAUCAGUGUGUGGAAUGUGGAAAGGGCUUCAGUCGGAUCUCCACUCUCACUUCCCAUCGAAGAAUUCAUACAGGGGAGAAACCCUAUCCGUGCAUAGAAUGUGGAAAGAGCUUCACUGAUAGCUCCUCUCUCACUUCCCAUCAAAGAAUUCAUACAGGGGAGAAACCCUAUCAGUGUGUGGAAUGUGGAAGAAGCUUCAUUAGAAACUCCGAUCUUACUUCCCAUCAAAGAAUUCAUACAGGGGAGAAACCCUAUCAGUGUGUGGAAUGUGGAAAGAGCUUCACUCACAGCCACCGUCUCACUUCCCAUCAAAGAAUUCAUACAGGGGAGAAACCCUAUCAGUGUGUGGAAUGUGGAAAGAGCUUCACAUGUAGCUCCUCUCUCACUUCCCAUCAAAGAACUCAUACAGAGGAGAAACCCUAUCAGUGCUUUGAAUGUGGAAAGAGCUUCACUGAUAGCUCCCAUCUCACUUCCCAUCAAAGAAUUCAUACAGGGGAGAAACCCUAUCAGUGUGUGGAAUGUGGAAAGAGCUUCAGUCAAAGCUCCCAUCUCACUUCCCAUCAAAGAAUUCAUACAGGGGAGAAACCCUAUCAGUGUGUGGAAUGUGGAAAGAGCUUCAGUCAAAGCUCCCAUCUCACUUCCCAUCAAAGAAUUCAUACAGGGGAUAAACCUUAUUGGUGUGCGGAAUGUGGAAAGAGCUUCACUACCUUCAGCCAGAGCUCUUCUCUCACUUCCCAUCAAAGAAUUCACACAGGGGAGAAACCCUAUCAGUGCGUGGAAUGUGGAAAGAGCUUCAGUUGGAUCUCCCAUCUCACUUCCCAUCAAAGAAUUCAUACAGGGGAAAAACCCUAUCAGUGUGUGGAAUGUGGAAAGAGCUUCAUUCAGAGCUCCUCCCUCACUUCACAUCGAAGAAUUCAUACAGGGGAGAAACCCUAUCAGUGUGUUGAAUGUGGAAAGAGCUUCAGGAAGAGCUCCGAUCUCACUUCACAUCGAAGAAUUCAUACAGGGGAGAAACCCUAUCCGUGUGUGGAAUGCGGAAAGAGCUUCAGAAUGAGCCACGAUCUCACUUCCCAUAAGAGAAUUCAUACAGGGGAGAAACCCUAUCAGUGUGUGGAAUGCGGAAAGAGCUUCAGUCAGAUCUCCGGUCUCACUUACCAUCAAAGAAUUCAUACAGGGGAGAAACCCUAUCUGUGUGUGGAAUGCGGAAAGAGCUUCCGUCAGAUCACCAAUCUCACUUACCAUCAAAGAAUUCAUACAGGGGAGAAACCCUAUCUGUGUGUGGAAUGUGGAAAGAGCUUCCCUGAAAGCUCCUCUCUCACUUCCCAUCGAAGAAUUCAUACAGGGGAGAAACCCUAUCAGUGUGUGGAAUGUGGAAAGAGCUUCCCUGAAAGCUCCUCUCUCAUUUCCCAUCGAAGAAUUCAUACAGGGGAGAAACCCUAUCAGUGUGUGGAAUGCGGAAAGAGCUUCAACCAAAGCUCCUAUCUCACUAAGCAUCAGAGAAUUCAUACAGGCGAGAAACCCCAUCAGUGUGUGGAAUGUGGAAAGAGCUUCACUCAGAGCUCCUAUCUCACUAAGCAUCAGAGAAUUCAUACAGGGGAGAAACCCUAUCAGUGUGUGGAAUGUGGAACGAGCUUCACUCAGAACUCCAAACUCACUUCCCAUCAAAGAAUUCAUACAGGGGAGAAACCAUAUCAGUGUGUGGAAUGUGGAAAGAGCUUCAGUCACAGCCACAAUCUCACUUCCCAUCAAAGAAUUCAUACAGGGGAGAAACCAUAUCAGUGUGUGGAAUGUGGAAAAAGCUUCAGUCAGAGGGCCAAUCUUACUUCCCAUCAAAGAAUCCAUACAAAGAAACUCUAUCAGUGCAUGGAAUGUGGAAAAAGCUUCAGGAAGAGCUCCGAUCUCACUUCCCAUCAAAGAAUUCAUACAGGGGAGAAACCCUAUCAGUGCGUGGAAUGUGGAAAGAACUUCAGGAAGAGCUCCCAUCUCACUUCCCAUCAAAGAAUUCAUACAGGGGAAAAACCCUAUCAGUGUGUGGAAUGUGGAAAGAGCUUCACAGAUAGUUCCUCUCUCAUUUCCCAUAAAAGAAUUCAUACAGGGGAGAAACCCUAUCAGUGUGUGGAAUGUGGAAAGAGCUUCAGUCAGAGCUCCUCUCUCACUUUCCAUCAAAGAAUUCAUACAGGGGAGAAACCAUAUCAGUGUGUGGAAUGUGGAAAGAACUUCAGGAAGAGUUCCAAUCUCACUAAGCAUCAGAGAAUUCAUACAGGGGAGAAACCCUAUCAGUGUGUCAAAUGUGGAAAGAGCUUCACUGAAAGCUCCUCUCUCACUUCCCAUCAAAGAAUUCAUACAGGGGAGAAACCCUAUCAGUGUGUGGAAUGUGGAAAGAGCUUCACUCACAACCACAGUCUCACUUUCCAUCAAACAAUUCAUACAGGGGAGAAACCCUAUCAGUGCGUGGAAUGUGGAAAGAGCUUCAGGAAGAGCUCCUCUCUUACUUCCCAUCAAAGAAUUCAUACAGGGGAGAAACCCUAUCAGUGUGUGGAAUGUGGAAAGACCUUCACUCACAGCCACAGUCUCACUUUCCAUCAAACAAUUCAUACAGGGGAGAAACCCUAUCAGUGCGUGGAAUGUGGAAAGAGCUUCAGGAAGAGCUCCUCCCUUACUUCCCAUCAAAGAAUUCAUACAGGGGAAAAACCCUAUCAGUGCAUGGAAUGUGGAAAGAGCUUCAGAAAUAGCUCCUCUCUCACUUCCCAUCAAAGAAUUCAUACAGGGGAGAAACCCUAUCAGUGUGAGGAAUGUGGAAAGAGCUUCACAUGUAGCUCCUCUCUCACUUCCCAUCACAGAAUUCAUACAGGGGAGAAACCCUAUCAGUGCGUAGAAUGUGGAAAGUGCUUCAGUCAGAGCCAAAAUCUCACUUCCCAUCAAAGAAUUCAUACAGGGGAGAAACCCUAUCAGUGUGUGGAAUGUGGAAAGAGCUUCAGUCAGAUUGCCAAUCUUACUUCCCAUCAAAGAAUCCAUACAAUGGUCGGAAAAACCAUUAUACAGCUUUAGGAGCCAGGCAAAUCCGCACCUUUUUAACCAGGCUUUUGGCUGAUUGACAUCUAAUUCCCUUUUAAUAUGUGGUGUUUCGGGUUGUUGUUUUUUUAUUUUGUAACCAUCCUGAGACUUGUGGGUGUAGGGAAUAGGCGCCAACUCUUAAAGGCCUAGGGGUCUUUGCCCCACCCCCAAUAAAAUAUUUAAGGAGGCCACCUCCCAGUUUUUGGUGUGUUUUUUUCAAACACAACCUUUUAUUCUGCAACUUGCCAUACAAUUUCUCUUUCAAUUUGCCCUCUUAAAAAAAUAAAAAAAUAAACACACAAAGGUCAUGAGGAAAACAAAAUACAAGAAGAUACAAACAUGGGCAGGUCCCAUCUUUGCGGGCAAAAUGUAAAAGUUGCUUUGAAGGAGGCUUUCCCAAACUUGGGACCCCAGCAGCUCCCGGACUACAGUUUCCAUCAUCCCUCCCCAUUGGUUCUGCUAGCUAGGGAUGAUGGGAGUUGUAGUCCAAAACCAGCUGGAGACCCAAGUUUGCUUUAAAGGGAAAGUAGGCUGGCCUUGUGACACCCUCUGCUGGCCAAAAGCACUGCCCCAGAAUCUGAACCACCCCCAGUACUCCUAAUUGGAAUUAAUAGAGCGCAAAACUGAAGUUUGAUCGGCACUUCAACCUCUAGGGAGCUUCUAGGUGCUUUCUGCACCACCUAGAGUACCCACAGAAUUGUGGCUUCUACUGGCAACACACAUAUAAGAAAACAAAUGGAAGACAAACACAAGGGGCAGG